AUGUUUCAAGAAAUGAGAAGUGUCAUACUUCGUCAAGAAGAAAAGUUGCGACGAUUAAGGCAACCGGCACCGACUGCCCCUGUUGAUCAAGUGUUACCACCAGCACUUGUGCCAGUGGUGGGUAACCAGGGGUUUGUUAUGCCGCAUAGAGACUCGGUGUUUAAGCGGUUCGUGAAGCUGCAACCUCCGACUUUUCUGGGAGGUAUUGACAUAAUAAAGGCCGAGCAGUGGAUGAGCACAAUCACCCGUAUCCUCGAUAAUAUGGAGGUGACAGGAACUGAAAGAGUGAACUGUGCAGCCUUCAUGUUACAAGAUCAUGCCCGCGUCUGGUGGGAUAUCGUGGGCCAAACCAGGGAUGUCAAUGUAAUGACCUGGGAGGAAUUUAAGAAUCUAUUUGAAGAAAAUUUUUACAAUAUUGCUGUGAGAACUUCACACAUGGAGGACUUUGUGAAGCUUACUCAAGGGAAAAUGUCAGUGGCUGAACAUACCCUGAAACAGAAAUAUGUGAGAGGACUGAAUGCCACAAUCAGUCGGGACUUGAAGAUUACCACUUCACAUGACACUUUGUACAAGAAAGUGGUGGAGCUAGCCUUGAUUGCUGAGGAGGCUGAGCAACAUGUUGCAAAAGAGCAGACUGUAAAGGAUGCCGUCACGGUAUCGAACCCUCCUGCUAGUGGUAAUGUCAGUAAAGGGACUGACAGUGGCAACCCUGAUCACAAACGGAAGGUCGAGGCUUUCGGAGCAUCAGGGGGUAACAGAAAGUUUCGGGGAAACAGAGGUGGCCACCAGGGCCACGGCUCCUCAUUCUGA